ACGGAGAAGGGAAAGGAGAGAUAGGUGGAGCGAGAAGAAACCCGAUUGGUCUUGUUCCAGGAGGAUACGUCGCGUAGCCAUAGAGACUCCCGAGCUCAAACGACUUUGGAGCACACGGGAAGGGGUUCUGAUAACCGCGGCUAGAAAAGAAAUCGAAUUAGGAGCGGAUCGAAAAAUCAUUUCGCUCUUUCUGCGAACAAUCUCGAUAUUUUGAACGACUUUGAUCGAACUUGUGAAUUUCAUUGAAUUCGCGAUCGAGUCUCGCGGUCGUAGAAGUCUUAAAAUUUUCCUCGAGGGUCGAGGCGCUUGAUGCGAGCGGAGUCGGUAGUCCCUUUCCCCUCGUAUCUCGUGGCAUCGACGGUGGGCACGAUCGCGAAGCAACAAGUGUUACCAGCUCUUCGGCGUCGCCCCGCCCCCAACUAGCAGCCGCUGCGUCGGAGCGAUCGGUGGAAACUGCCCUGAGGCGAUGCAACCACCUCACUCGAGCGCCGAUCGCGCGAGCAACUAGAAAUCCUCGGCACCGGCCUCUCGCGCGCGAGCCUUUAGACUUUGCUGGAAAACGAGGUGUUUUCGUGCGGCCAAGAUAAGAACGUCGCGUGCGCAAGCUUCGUACAGUGAUUAACGUUUCCUCUACCGAUACCGAUCUCGCUUUCCGAACGGGUUCUCAGUGAGUACUUCGAAAGAGUCGUCGCUCAGAAGCAUCGAGGAGGAAAAUCGGUGGUAAACGACGGUGGUGAUCGGAGGGGUGAACCGCAAACUUUCGAGGUGAGAAAGAAAUCCGUUUAUUCGCCUGUUCUGGAACGUCGGUGGUGGCAUCGAGAGCGUCCGAUAGUGGAAACGAAGGAAAACAGAGCAAAACGGGUCGAUGCACAAAGAGGAGCGCAGAUUAGAACUGCCGUAGCGGUUGAGUCACGAAGAAAAAAGAAGAAGUCCGAAGAUAGAGACCGAGACCUCAACGCGUUGCCGACGGAUCAACAUGCAUUUCCCGCUGCUCGUAAUCGAGUGCAAAAUUAAUUAAACGUGACAAACGUGCGCGUCGAUAACGGAGAAUCGCGGGGAACGCGAGAAAAGAAGGCGAGAGAAAGUAAGUCGCGCGGAGACGCGGCCCGCGGUUCGAGCGGAUCCGCACCGAAACGGAAAUGACGUGCUAUCACGAUAAAAUGGUCAUUCCAAUUAGUCGAUGAACUCGGUAAAGCGUGCGUCCUCCGAACGCCCGAUAAAUCCUUCGAUUCCCCUACUGUUCCCGGGAUUUUCCUCGUGACCGGAGCUAAACGAAACGAUGAACGACGUCAUGGGGGAAGCAUCCGCUUCGAUUUCGAGCAACGACGGUACCUGUGGCGCUGGAGCGAGUAACGCUAUCAAUAAUAAUAAUAAUAACGGUAACAACGGCAAGGCGAUAGGCGUGAACGGAGGCGAGAGGAUCAGCGCGGCGGUCACCAAGGCUCUUCGGGGAUACGACUGGACCGUGGUACCUGUUGCUACCAAGGGUUCCGGCGACAAAAGAGCGGCGCACGUUAAAAGGCCGAUGAACGCGUUUAUGGUGUGGGCUCAGGCUGCCCGACGGAUAUUGGCCGAACAGCAUCCUCAACUCCACAACGCCGAGCUGUCCAAGACUUUGGGGAAAAUAUGGCGAUUGUUGUCGGACAGCGACAAGAAACCGUUCAUCGAGGAGGCGGACCGUCUUCGCGUAAUCCACAAGCGAGAGCAUCCGGACUACAAGUAUCAGCCCCGACGGCGAAAGCAGAACGGCCCGGCGGGCAGAGAUACUUCGCCCUCGAGGAACCAGAGCAGCGCCAACUUCGUGUCCAGGUCCCUUAAGCAGGAGGACGCCAGCCCGAGGGGUGCGCAAGGGCCGAACUCGCCGCAAAGCGGGAUCAGCUUGUCUCCUCCGACCACUCCGAAUCACGGACUCUCUCCGCCGACUCCUCCCACGACUCCCCGUGGUCAGCGCUACGCGAAUCAGGCCAAUCAUCAACCGCAGCAGAGCAACGGCGUGUAUCCGCAGCAACAACAUCAGCAGCAGGACCUCGCGAUUGGGUCUUGCGGGUCUCCGCAUCAGCAGCAACAGCAUCAACAACCCAACGUCGAUUUUCGGUAUAUCGAGGUUAAUGAGACCCUGCCGAUUGAAGAGGGUCAAUUGAACGGUCUUGGGUCCUUGGGAGGGGUUGGAAUGAAUAUUCCUUUGACUCUUCAGGAGUGUGAAGUUGAGAGCAACGAGCUGGACCAGUAUCUAAGACCUCAGGUGGCUUCCAUGCACGUGCCGCCCUCCACUGGCGCUUCACAGUGGAUAUUCAACAGAUACGACGAGGAGAUCGAGAGGCCAACGAAACGACAUUGUUCCGAGCAGAUCGCGGAGGCAUCAUGGGAAGACAGGCCAGCCCAGGAGAUAGUUCGCUACCACGAACUGCAGCCACCUCUUCCCUCCAUGCAGUACAUCUCCUCGUCCCACAAUCCGCACUACUCGCACGCGACCACGCAGAUGAGCCAUCCUCACGUGUCCCCGUCGUACGCGCAGUACCAACGUUACGUACCUGGCAUCGAAAGCUGGCCUCACUACAUGUAGAACCAGGGUUCUGCUCCGUAAUCGCUGCCGGCCGAGAUCAAACGGUAUCGAGUCUCGAUCGAUGCAUCGAGAACGGAGCGAUAUGUUCCGCUCGCGAUCUUACUCCAUGACAUCAUUCCAUGACAGCUGGCCAUUCCGAGGCGCAGAAUUUCAAGCUAAACAAACCGAGGCACCAUGUCCAACGUGUAACGCGCGUAUAAAUGCAAUUAUAAACUGACCAGUUCGUCGCGCCUCUUCAAAUCUCGCGAGAGUCUUCCUGCUGGGAGAAAUGUUUUCUCGGAGAUCGUGAUCUAUAUUUUACUUCUUUAUUAUCGUUACUAUAUCAUUAUCAUUACCAUUAUUAUUACUAGUACUAUUAACAUUCAAGGCGCGUCGGAGCACCAGCGUACAAGCGACGCUCGUGCUUUUGUACUUAUUGUUAGAUAUUUAUUGCGCCUGUAAAAAUUGCCGUAGGCGUUCAGACGGCUAUGUAUACUAAGUUUGUAGGAAUAAACGAAGCGUUACUAAAGAAA